AUGGACUACGCUACGCCGAUGAUCCUGCCACUAUUACUGAUCACCACGAUUAUACCCGUGUUCGAAAGUUGCGACCAGAGUAGACAGGGCUGUCGAAUACAAGAAGGCCAAUGUCUUUGCGGCAAGGGUUGCUAUUCGGAAUACAGAUACAGUAACUACGAGGAAUGCUACAAAGCUCUAAAAGGUCGUCGAUUCGAUUUCUGUGCACAAGGUCCGUGUAAUCAUAACGGAGUAUGCGUUCAAACUUCACAAGAACCGGGAUAUAAAUGUAGAUGCGCGGGAACUGGAUAUUACGGCUCAAGAUGCGAAACAAAAUGUUACGGUCAGAAUACGACUACGAAACAAGAAGUCCCGUUUGAAUGUAUCGUUAUCUAG